AUGAAUGAAACAGUUAAACUAGUUAGUGCACAUUACCCAUGUCGGGAGCCUUUGAUUCGAAAGCUGUAUCAAUUCUACGGAACUGGAGACUCGUUUCCACCGGCAGUGUACCUAUAUGGACACACAUCGACGGGAAAAAGUUCGAUUUUGCGAACCUUUCUUCCCCUGCUUAAGGACACCAAAUUUGCAAUCCUGAAUGCCAUUGAAUGCUACACCAACAGGAUCCUGUUCGAGUCGAUCAUUAACCGUCUGCAGUCGCAUGUGCCUAGUGCCGAAAACGGUUACGCGUCGCUAGCGAGCACCGAUUGCAUGAAGGAUUUUGUUGGCCAUCUGGAGCGGUUUGAUACGCGCUUCGGGUAUGUCGUUGUGCUGGAAAAUGCUGAACGUGUCCGAGAUAUGGAUCAUAAUGUUCUGCCAAUGUUGCUACGUUUGCCAGAGGUUACCGGUUUGAACAUUUCCGUCCUGCUGGUAUCGGAUCUACCCUUCGAGAAGUACUAUGUGCGGACGGGGCUCUCGCCCGUGAUUAAGCUGUUUGUGCCCGAGUACAGUAAGGCUGAUAUUCUGACAAUUUUGCGGAAUGAUUUCCCGAGAGUACAGCAACAGUUGAAGGCGAAUGUCAAUGAUAUGUUAAAAUUUACUUUUAGAAAAAGUGGUCUCUCAGAUAAUGAAAUUCAGAGCAAAAUAAGCAUUCUCGACAGUUUAACCGAAGACUUUUACGAGAAUUAUCUCAAUAUAUUUUUGAGUGUAUUCUUCAAGGUAUGUCGUGAUCUGAAAGAGCUGCAACUGGUAUCGUUCGAAUGCUACCAGAGCUACUGUGAGCCAGUUCUGAACGGUACGAUUGCAUCCAAUGAUGUUACCAAACUUUGGCGACACAUAUCCAAAACGAUGAAACUUGCGCUCAGUACCAUAUAUAUGCGAAUGGGUAAUGUUAAUCAAGAACUGGGUCGUCCCAGUAACACACUAGCCCUGGAGCAAGCUCCAGAAACGAUUGAACAGAUGCAAACGAUGAAACGCCUGGCCCAGAACUUAGAACUUCCCUUCUACGCUAAGUAUCUGCUGAUUGCAGCCUAUCUGGCAAGUCAUAACGCCGCCAAGGAAGACAAACGUCUGUUUAUGAAGAACCACGGCAAGCAACGCAAACGACUGCAGUCCGUUAUGGCUAAGGCAAAAGUUUCCGAGAAAAUGGCUACCCAGCUAGGACCGAAAUCAUUCACGGUCGACCGCCUGCUGGCUAUCUUCUACGCGAUUCUGGACGAUAAGGUGGGUCUGACGUGCAAUUUGCUAGCGCAAAUUUCAACUCUGGUCCAUCUGAAAUUCAUGAUAUUUGCGUCCGGUGAGGGCACAGUCAUGGAAGGAAGUGCUCGCCUGCAGUGCACCGUCGGGUUGGAUUUCAUCGUUCAUAUCGGUAAAAUGGUCGGUUUCAACGUUAGACAAUACCUGUGUGAUUUCUUCUAG